UAAAUUAAAUUCCCGUUUUGCCUCAAUUUAAGCAUUCCAAUAGCAAAGGCCCUAUCAUGGGAGAUCGGUGUAUGUCUCAAUUUUCUGUGGCUGCCGCCGAGCUUACCUCGAGUCAAGGCCAUGCCUUGACGAUGGCUUCACACCAAGAUGAUCUACUACUGGGCAAGAUAUCGGAGAUGGAGAAAUCUGUGGGCAAGAUAUCGGAGAUGGAGAAAACUCUGGGCCAACUGUUGGAUUGGUCGAAAUCAAUAACGCAGGAGCUUCGCUUCCGACACCCCGGUCCACCCGUAAUGACGGAGCCGCUUCCACCUUCCACGGUGAUUGAGUACUGCAAUCCCAACCAUGAGGCUGAUGAUCUUUACCCAAGCUUGCCCGGGGAUUGGGAGCAUGUAUCAAUGACGGUAAAUCAAGGGGAAGCUAGAUCUGUAUAUUUAUUCGUGUCUUCUUAUGAGGACGAUGAGCACGCUAAUGCAGUCUAUGAAGUGAAAUUCAAACACGGAGGAGAAGUCACUCAAGAAUCCCCAGUAGUUAGACAUGUUGCCAAGUUUCGCAAGGGUUCUUGCCAUGAUGCUGCACGGAUUUUCAACCACUCCAAAUUAUAUUGCAUUGGACAUGAUGGUGGAUUUAUUGUUGACACGGAGAGUUGGUCAAAAUGUUCAUCCAUUCCUCCUAUCCCAGCCUCUAAAUCACUAGAAACUAUUGUGUCUGCGUAUGGCAAGGUUUAUUAUCUCGCAUGUCCAUCAACCUUCCUGUCACCAGUUACGGGGCCCUCCUUCGGGAGAUAUGAUCAUGAUCAGAAUAUUUGGAGGCAAAUGACUCCUUUUCCAUUUUAUGAUGAUUAUGACCCCCGUAUGCAACUAACUGGUUAUGCCGUUUGUUAUGGUGCUAUUUUGUUUUCAUUGUCUGGCUUGAGGAACGGGAAAUUCGGUGUCGUUGCUUUUCACGUGGGUAGAAAGGAUUGGAAUCGAGUGAAAGUUGACACUUCUGCUUAUUGUGCUCCUCCUUUCCAAGGGAGGGCCGUGGUUGUAGACGAGACUAUCUAUGCCUUAUAUGGGGAGUCAAAGAUUAUAGCAUUCUCCUUUACUAUGGACAAACAUGAUGAUAGUGGUAUUCAUUAUUCCCUAAGACAACUUUUUAUAUUGCAAGGCCUUGAGUUCGAGCGUCCGGUGCUGCCAUGGUAUAACGAUAGGUCACAGUAUUUGGUUCAUUUGGGGAACCAUGACUUUUUCCAUGUCCAGACUGGCUGGUGCGAUGGACAUCUCAAGGUUCAAUAUCUUAGUAUCACCACAUUUCAAAUUGUUGUUGGAGAAGGAGGAAGACAUAUGAUCAAGACCAUAUAUUCAACCCUUCAUUCUGUGGAUAUCAAGGGCUCUGAAUGGUUCGAUCUUGUUUUCUGCUUCACACCUGAGUGCGAGGAUGAUGAACCCUUUGGGCUAGAAUGAAUCAGUCAAAACAAGAAGAAAUAACUACCAUGAAGCUGGAAAUAGAAGCCCUGCAGCAUGAAGAAGCUAAUAAUGCGCGAAUCGAAUAUUAGGAAUUGUGAAAUAUGAAAAUUCAAAACCCUUGGAUAGCCACCACCUAGAAUAAAAAAUCUCCUAUAACUUGGUUUAGGUCAUUUUAAUUUGUCUUUGUUGACUUCCGCUUAUUUUAAUUAUAUAUUUAUUAUAAUUUUGGCUUGAUUCUUCCGAAAGUAAGAUGGAACAGUGGUACUGUGUUAAUCUUUUAUGGAUUA